AUGUGGGUAAUUAAAAAACAGGAUACAGAUGAAACCUUCACUCUUAUUUCGGAGCACAAUAAUUAUACUGUGGGUCGAACAAGUGCAGAUUUGGUAUUGUCUCAUGAUAAUUCAAUAAGUCGUUCCCAUUCGAUUUUACGUAUUAUCGUUAUCGAUAUCGAUAAAGAGACACUAUCAAUAGAAGAUGUUGGAUCUAAAUACGGGACUUUUAUAAAUGAAAAUAUAGAAAAUGGUAUUAAACUCAACCAAGGAAAACAACAGGAAUUAUCAGAUGGGGAUCGUAUCAGAUUUGGCGUUUUUAAAAAUAUUUGGCAUGUCUCACAUGUACCCAUCAUUAGUGCAAUAUCUGGAUUGUCUUCAGGAGAUGCUAAAAUAAUGGAACAUUAUAUGUCUUUUUUUGGAGGAAAACUUGUAGAUAAAUGGGAUACGAAAUGUACUCACUUAACAAUGAAGGAAUUCAGAUUGACUGUGAAAGCAUUACACGCCUUAGUUGAACAGAGACCAAUCGUUACUCUUGACUACUGGCGAAAUUUUGUGGACGCUGCACGCCGUGGACGUAGUACACUCCCCCAACCCAAUGAAUACAAGCCUAUAAAUAGCAAUGAUUUGAUGGGACAUAAUCUAGAUUGCACAAUAACACCGGCUCGUAAAACUGUUUUCAGCGGUAUGACAUUUGUGUUUAUGAAUGCGAACCAGCUUGAAAUAUAUGGACCCAUUAUAAUUAAAGCCGGUGGAGCUACAAAAGCUCUAAAAUUUUGUGUGCCAAAAUCUUUUUUACUUAAAAGUAACGUAGUUGUUUUGCAAUAUGUGCCCUCUACCCCAUCGCAAGGUACGCAAACGAUUAAUGUCAUUGAGAACUAUUUAGAAACUAAUAAUCUACGUUUUAUACCUGAGUAUGAAAUUGGACUAGCAAUUCUACACUGUUCUAUAGAAAAAUUCUGCAAUCCUUGUUAUAAGGUUAUUAAUGGCCUAAUACCCUCAACAAGUUCCAUGGGUUUAUCUCCUAAUACAUGUCUUUUUAAAAAUACUGAAGCUACUCAGAGUAACGCUAGUGAACGUACUGAAUUAUUUCCACGGAGCAGUAAUACAGCUCAUUUGGAGACGCAGCAAGCCUAUAAACGUCCAAUCAUUGCAGUACUUACUGAUAAUGAUGAUAGUGAUGAUGAUCUGUUUAAUUUUGGUGGCGGGCCAUCAAAAAAAACAAGUUUACAAGAUAAAUAUAAAAGUUUAGAUGAAGAACUUUACGAUUUAUUUCAAUUAAAAAAAAGUAUGCAGACAAGUGAUAAAGUAACUGGCAAAAAAUCACCCAUUAAAAACGUAAUUUUCAAACCGAAACCAAAGCCUUUACCUAUUAUAACUACACGGAAAGAAAAAACUACAGUUGAAGGUUUUCAGCAAAAAUCAGGUGUGCAAAUAGAUAAUUCGCCACCACGGAGCAGUAAUACAGCUCAUUUGGAGACGCAGGAAGCCUAUAAACGUCCAAUCAUUGUAGUACUUACUGAUAAUGAUGAUAGUGAUGAUGACCUGUUUAAUUUUGGUGGCGGGCCAUCAAAAAAAACAUGUUUACAAGAUAAAGAUAAAAGUUUCGGUGAAGAACUUUACGAUGUACGAAAUAAACAACAACAACAGGAAUUAUGUCUACUUGAAACAGAAAAGAUCGGUGUGAAUGAUGAUGGCAAAUCCGGGAGCAAACAAAAUUCAAUAUUAGAUGAUGAAAGUAUGUCAAAGCGUAAACAGAACAAAAUUAUUCAAAUUGUUAUAAGUGACAGUGAUGACAGUAAUGAAGAAGAGAAUUUAUUUCAAUUAAAAAAAAGGAUGCAGACAAGUGAUAAAGUAACUGACAAAAAAUCUCCCAUUAAAAACAUAAUUUCCAAACCGAAACCAAAGCCUUUACCUAUUAUAACUACACGGAAAGAAAAAACUACAGUUGAAGGUUUUCAGCAAAAAUCAGGUGUGCAAAUAGAUAAUUCGCCACCACGGAGCAGUAAUACAGCUCAUUUGGAGACGCAGCAAGCCUAUAAACGUCCAAUCAUUGCAGUACUUACUGAUAAUGAUGAUAGUGAUGAUGAUCUGUUUAAUUUUGGUGGCGGGCCAUCAAAAAAAACAAGUUUACAAGAUAAAUAUAAAAGUUUAGAUGAAGAACUUUACGAUUUAUUUCAAUUAAAAAAAAGUAUGCAGACAAGUGAUAAAGUAACUGGCAAAAAAUCACCCAUUAAAAACGUAAUUUUCAAACCGAAACCAAAGCCUUUACCUAUUAUAACUACACGGAAAGAAAAAACUACAGUUGAAGGUUUUCAGCAAAAAUCAGGUGUGCAAAUAGAUAAUUCGCCACCACGGAGCAGUAAUACAGCUCAUUUGGAGACGCAGGAAGCCUAUAAACGUCCAAUCAUUGUAGUACUUACUGAUAAUGAUGAUAGUGAUGAUGACCUGUUUAAUUUUGGUGGCGGGCCAUCAAAAAAAACAAGUUUACAAGAUAAAUAUAAAAGUUUAGAUGAAGAACUUUACGAUUUAUUUCAAUUAAAAAAAAGUAUGCAGACAAGUGAUAAAGUAACUGGCAAAAAAUCACCCAUUAAAAACGUAAUUUUCAAACCGAAACCAAAGCCUUUACCUAUUAUAACUACACGGAAAGAAAAAACUACAGUUGAAGGUUUUCAGCAAAAAUCAGGUGUGCAAAUAGAUAAUUCGCCACCACGGAGCAGUAAUACAGCUCAUUUGGAGACGCAGCAAGCCUAUAAACGUCCAAUCAUUGCAGUACUUACUGAUAAUGAUGAUAGUGAUGAUAAAAGUUUAGAUGAAGAACUUUACGAUUUAUUUCAAUUAAAAAAAAGUAUGCAGACAAGUGAUAAAGUAACUGGCAAAAAAUCUCCCAUUAAAAACAUAAUUUUCAAACCGAAACCAAAGCCUUUACCUAUUAUAACUACACGGAAAGAAAAAACUACAGUUGAAGGUUUUCAGCAAAAAUCAGGUGUGCAAAUAGAUAAUUCGCCACCACGGAGCAGUAAUACAGCUCAUUUGGAGACGCAGCAAGCCUAUAAACGUCCAAUCAUUGCAGUACUUACUGAUAAUGAUGAUAGUGAUGAUGACCUGUUUAAUUAUAAAGAUAAAGAUAAAAUAACUUGA